GUUGGGGAUAUGGUGUUUUUUUUGUUUUUUUUUAAUUAUAUACUGUAUUCUAGCAACAAAACCAAAUAACAUCUCUGUUAACAUUGUUUUUAUUAACCUUGGGCUGCAGUGAGAGACAACACUGGAUUGUCAUGUAACCCUGUUUUGCCCAGUGCUGUAUCACACAUGGUACAGUGCUGUAUCACACAUGGUACAGUGCUGUAUCACACAUGGUACAGUGCUGUAUCACACCUGGUACAAUGCUUAGCCAGCCCCCUGUAGAAUUAGUAUUUUAAUCCAGCCUCAUAAGCUGGAAUUUUUAUAUACAGUACACUGUGUUGCCGGACAGCAAAACAAAAAGCGGAAUUUAGUUCCAUAAAUGAUGUUUUAAAAGCAGAAUUUAGUUACAUAAAUUAUGCUUUUCUCAUUGAAACAAUGCUUGGGCGUUAUAGGGUCAAAAUAUAUCUUGCAGAGAAGAGCGCCUCCCAGUGGUCAUGUUCGAUAAAUGCAGGCAAAAAUGUGGCUUGUCUGCAGCAGCCCUGCUUGUAGUAGCUGGAAUACGAACCAGGCUGUGUGGGAGGGAACUGAUGCUAGUUCUCACUGAAGCAGAUUGAAGUAAGACAUAAAUCUCUGGUGACAUUUCUGUCACACAAUUCAUUUGUGUUUUUCUUUUUCCCCCAAUUGUUUACAGCAGCUGUAUCUCUACUGAAUGUAUUAAAACCAUGAGGCUAAACAGCUUGUUAAUGUAACACCUAGCAGUAUAAUGAAGUUUGUGCAUUUGUCUUAUGAAAGUAUCACCACAAAUAAAUACUUGUACUUGCGCAGUGAUAAAGUAUGUUCCUGUAAAAAAAAAAUAAAAAAAAAGUCCCCAUUGUAAAAGUACCUGCAUGCAUUUACAACCAGCUUCUGUUGUAAACUUUAUCAUGCAUGACCAGAGCACAGUACCGGAAAUGCCAAAGUGUGUGAUCCACAGAUCUAAUUGUAUGAAAAGGAGUUUGUGAUUUCACUUUCCCUAGAGCCGUCAGGAGCAUAGCCUUCAGAAGAGAGCUCUCUCAGGGCAGGUGUAGAUGCACUGGGCUGCUUUGAGUUUCCUUCAUGUUAAGAGAACUGUUGUAACCCUCUACAAUCACCCUGGAAGAAAGAAGACAGAGCUGUGACCUUUGGAAUCACUGUACCUUCUUUAUCCCUGUAUAAAACCUCAAGUUAAAGCAUACGACUCUGCUGCGGAAGUUGAAACACAUCACACGCAGGACAAUCGAUAAUGAACUGCAGCAAUGCCCUCUGAACAGCUGUUUAAAGUGUUAGUCCUUGGAGGAUCUCAAGUGGGUAAAACCUCCUUUGUGAAACGCUCUGUUGAUGGGGUUUUCACAGGGUUCUACAAGGUCACAAUAGGAGUUGAUUUUGCAGUUAAAACUAUUGAAUGGUCCAAUGAAGAAAUAGUGAGGCUGCAAUUUUGGGAUAUUCAAGGACAGGAGGACUGUUUACCAAUUACAAGGGCAUUUUUCAGAGAUGCAGAUGCUUGUAUAAUGAUGUUUGAUGUAACCAGUGAGAAGUCCUUUACAUUCUGUGAAGCACUGAAACAAGCAGUAGACACAGAGGUACCUGGAAAAUAUGGAAAUCCAAUACCUUGUGUUCUUCUAGCAAAUAAGUGUGACUUGGCACACCAAACAGUACAGCCAGGGGCAAUUGCAGACUUCGCAAGAGCUUUAAACUUUUUCACAUGGAUGGAAAUAUCGGUCAAAGAGAACAAGCAUGUUGAGGACUCUGUAAGGCAGAUUGUGGAGGCAAUGAUGACGCAAAGAAAUCUGUCUGCUGAAAGAGCAGCAGGGUCAGGAGCUGUGGACAUUGUACCAGAGCACAACACCACCGCUGGCAGUUACUGCUGCAAAAGUUAAUGGGCAACAAAGACAGCAAUGACCAGUUCUGUCGUGUACCACCCAUGCAAACCUGAAAAGGAUUCACUUUAACAGACUCCACUUUCAUUUAGAGGAACUCUACUUUCCAUGAAAGUCUUAUGUUCAUUUAUGUAGUUUAAACUUUUAAAAGGAAUACAAGACAGUUCCAUAUAUGCUGUUGGAGAAUUUUACAAAACACUUAAGUAUCACUGUUGCAGUUCUCUGAAACCUUUCAAAGCA